AUUAUCUACAUCACAAGCGGUGCAAACAAGAUCAGUCAUAAUGCCAAAAGAUUGCUAUGCGCCAGAUAUAAAGACCACUGAGCUAAAGUCUCCAGAAAUAGGAGCGGUAAUGGGAAGUCUGUAUGAUGUCAGCGCCUAUUUGAUGGAAGCAGUUGUCGACCCAUUACCUUUUCAUACCAUAGAGAAAGCAGCUGGCCAAGUUGACAAUCCACAUGAACUAUUAUUUUGGCUAUCGAAAAGUGUGGAGGAAAAUUACGUUAUGCGCGCUUUGCUUACGUUCUGGGCAGCACUAUGCGGCAUUUUUUCUCUCGUAUCAGUGGCGACAUGUUUCUGCUGCGCAUGUUGCAUAUUUGGCAUUGAGACUAGAAGAGUAAUCGCUGGCUCAAAAGUGCUGUCUAUAAGCACAGCAUUUUUCAUAUGUAUCUUCACAUCAUUUAUCGCCAUAAUCAUUUAUCACAACAGUCUCAAGCAAGUUCACAGUGGACUCAAAGUGUUGCCAAAACAUCUGAAAACUGUGGAUGAUGAUCUGAACAGACUUGCGAGCCUUUUGACGACUAACUUACAUUGCAUCAGUGAAAAGGAGGAUCAAAUAUAUAAAAGCAAAUGUCAUCACGAAUUUGAGCUAUUGAAAACACAGAUCAAUAAGACGGAAGGCAUGAUUGACUUUCAGUCUUUGGAAAGGAUGAUCGAACUCGCGGUAGCACUUACGAAUGAGUUUGAUAGUCUGAGCAGGAAAGUGGGAUCGCCACAGCUAGUGCAUAAUCUGUCUUUGGCAUCUUCAUCUGCGCGCACUAUUCAGCAAAACCUCGACAACUUUUCUAACAUGUCCAAAUUUUGUGUGCAAGAGGCUUAUGCUCGGACGAAAAAUUUUUUUGAGACUUUGGAAAAGACACAGGUUGACUUAGAAGAAACAGGAAAAGCCUUCGAAGAGGCUCUUAAAUUUACGAUCAAUAGGACCAGCAAGCUGCAGAUCCAGCUUGCUGAUGCAUUCAUGGAAAAGAAAAUUCGUCAACAAAUUGAGUAUUGGUUUUAUGUAUCGAUUUUUCCUGUUUUACUAAUUUGUCUCUCUCUUUUUGGGCUUACGAUGGCAUUCGUAGGCUGGAGAUUCUAUUUGUCUCAUUACAAUCACGUUCCAAAUUGGAGAGGAAACACUGUAUCCAUCGUUGCCGCUGCAGGCCUUUGCUUUGCAGACUCUUGCACAAUGAUGAUUGGAGUUGCAAUUUACGCACUUGCAGCUGCUUUUCUUUUUGUUGGUUAUGUUUCUAUGUCCAUGUGUAACGGAUUAUAUUCGGACGAGAACAUGAUACACUUCAAGGCUUUUUCAAAUGCUGAUUAUGACAUUCGCAUUGGCUCGCAAAACCUGCGGCACUCUCUUUCUGACACCUUCUAUAACUGCAAAAAUGGGCAUACAUUUUUCAACUCACUAAGAGCUCAUCAGGCUAUGGUUAAGAAUGAAUUCGACGUUAUAAAUUCGUUCUCAAAAAGUUACGAUACAGCAGCGAUUCUAGAAAAGAUUUCUAUUGAUGUGGAUGUUCUUGAAAAGCGCUCAAGUUUGAUACAUAGCGUGAUUUCUGAAGUGAAGCAGACGCUUAUGACCAUGCCUACAAUAGCAGAAAUAGGGAGAAACAUUACAGAAAUGGAUAAGAUCCUCCAGCAAUUGCUAAGCAAUUUACUUGAAAAGAUAAAGCCCUUGUUGGAUGCUAACAGCGUACAUUUCGAGCAAAUCCGACUCCAUCAAAAAGAACUACAGGACUGUAUGUCGAUGGCAGUACCUAAUCUAGUUAAGGCAUUUGCGGAUUAUUCGCCACACUGUAAAAGCUUGAGUGCAAUAUGGGAUGGAAUGAGUACCUUUGUUUGUAAAAAUAUCACCGCUCCAGCACAGGGACUAUGGCUAGCCAUAAAUAUCUGUGCUAUCGGCACUGCCGGCAUAUACUGUGCCUUCUGCGGCACUGCGAUGUUGUGGCGAAAUUUGGGAAGUUUAACCGAAUCUCGUCCUGCAAGAUGGCGCAUACAUGGAUAUCCUCUAAAGCACAAAGCAGAUGAAAGGGUGCCUUACUCUAGCGAAAGUAUCAAAAGCAAAAGUAGCCAACGUUCUAAGAUGAAGAUUAGUAAAAGCCAUCAAGGCCCAAGCGCCGAGAAAACUGAGCAAGGGUUUUUGGAAGAUAAUAGCCUAAGUAGCGACCGUCUUCUUUUGAUCCUAAAUAAGUUGAAGUCAAAUGAUACCGGCCAAAGGAAAUCAGUAUUUUUUGCAAUGGCAUUACAUCAACUUCUUACUUGUGGCAAAAUCAUGAUCAAGAGUGCCGUUAUUUUAUGUUCGCUUUUCACAAGUAAAAUAAAAUUGCUUCUUUAG